ACGCAGUCUAGGCAGCGCCCUUCCUGUACCUCUCUUCCUUUCCUGAGUCGUUGGCGCAGCUGACUCGCCACCUCCUCCCUCCUCGUCCCCCCACCGGAGGAGUUUUGCGGUCUGUAGAGAGCUAUGCAGGGUUCAUGAACUGGAAUGUAAGAGGCACCAGAGGAUUCCUGCUCUGUCCCCCGGUUUGCGGCUUGCGACGUUGGACAUCCCCGGAUUGUUGUUUAAUAGAGAAAACUCACCUGCCUUCUUGCUUUUAAGUAGCCCCAAAAGCAGAACCUUGAUUUGUCUGUAAGGAAGAAACACAAACCUUUUAAAAAGUUCCACUUCGACUCUCCACCGCCGACCCCCAAUCUCUUUAAUUUUGCCAUAGAAGAGGGGUUUUUUCAACAUCUCUCUCACUAUCUGGUGCUGAUCUCACUGCAUAAUGACUUUCUAUUUGUUUGGUAUUCGAAGCUUUCCUAAGCUUUGGAAGAGCCCAUACCUUGGGCUAGGCCCAGGGCACUCUUAUGUCUCUCUGUUUCUGGCAGACAGCUGUGGCAUCAGGAACCAGCAGAGGUUGUUUUCUCUUAAAACAAUGUCUCCACAGAAUACCAAAGCAACGAAUCUGAUUGCCAAGGCCAGAUAUCUCAGGAAAGAUGAGGGCAGUAAUAAGCAAGUUUAUUCUGUUCCUCAUUUUUUUUUAGCUGGAGCAGCUAAGGAGAGAUCACAGAUGAAUUCUCAAAGUGAAGAUCAUGCCUUGGCACCUGCGAGGAACACUAUUCAACUCCCAACACAACCUUUGAAUUCAGAGGAGUGGGAUAAACUUAAGGAAGAUUUAAAAGAAAACACCGGAAAGACCAGUUUCGAAAGUUGGAUCAUUUCACAGAUGGCUGGCUGUCAUAGCUCUAUAGAUGUGGCUAAAUCUCUGCUGGCAUGGGUAGCAGCCAAAAAUAAUGGUAUUGUAAGUUACGAUUUACUGGUCAAGUAUUUGUAUCUCUGUGUCUUUCAUAUGCAGACAUCUGAAGUUAUUGAUGUCUUUGAAAUUAUGAAAGCCAGAUAUAAGACUUUAGAACCUAGAGGUUACAGUCUUCUCAUCCGGGGAUUGAUUCAUUCAGACAGAUGGAGAGAAGCAUUGUUGCUGUUAGAGGACAUCAAAAAAGUUAUAACUCCUUCAAAAAAGAACUAUAAUGACUGUAUCCAGGGAGCUCUCCUUCAUCAAGAUGUAAACACAGCUUGGAAUUUAUAUCAGGAAUUGCUAGGUCAUGAUAUUGUUCCUAUGUUGGAAACUUUAAAAGCUUUCUUUGAUUUUGGAAAAGACAUAAAGGAUGAUAACUAUUCAAAUAAACUACUAGAUAUUCUUUCAUAUCUAAGAAAUAAUCAGCUGUAUCCAGGGGAGUCAUUUGCACACAGUAUAAAAACAUGGUUUGAGAGUGUUCCUGGAAAACAAUGGAAAGGACAAUUCACCACAGUCCGAAAAAGUGGCCAGUGUUCGGCCUGUGGAAAAACCAUAGAGUCUAUUCAGCUGAGUCCAGAAGAAUAUGAAUGUCUUAAGGGAAAAAUCAUGAGGGAUGUGAUAGAUGGAGGUGACCAGUACAGAAAGACAACACCUCAGUGUGAAUUCAAACGUUCUCUUCACUGAUUCUCUGGAUACUUGAUUUGGGAGAUUGGCAAAUCCCACACAUUUCCAUCAUUCCAGUCGUCCAGAUUCCAACAGAAGAAAUCCACAGAAGAACCACGGUGCUGCUGUUGACGCUCCUCUCCUAAUCAGCAGUGGAUCUCGCACUCCAGGUCAUUCUUUUCAAAACACUGAUGUAAUCCUAUUACUCCCCUGCCUCAAAACCUUCAGCAGUUUCCCAUUCCUGCCCUGCAAGUAAUUCCUCCAGUUUGGUCGCAGCCUACUUUUCAGGCCUCAUUGCUUGCCACUCUCCUCUACAGACACCUGCGUCAGCCAGUGCCAGCUAAUUAGUGGCUCUAGACUGCUUUGUGUUUUCUUCCUCUUCUUUUUCCCGUCAUCUAAAAUAUACUUCUACCUCCAAAUCCUGUUUUUCCUUCGUGACUAUCUCAGUCCCUUUUCUGUCACACAACCUUUUUUGACCCCUGUAGUCUGCAUUUAUCUUUUCUUCCUUUGAACUUGUAGCAUUUAUUAACCCUGGCACACAUCUGGCUAUUGAUCCUAUACUAUGUGUUCUUGUUUCAGUGUUGUUUAGUUUUUCAUAUCAGUAUCUAUUGUUAUUUCAACCAGAUUAGAAACUCUGAGGGACAGGACACCCUUUUUCCUAUUUUCCACAAUGCUUGGCAUCCAGUAGGUGUGUAAUAAAUACGGUUAUUUAUACAUUAAAUAAUCCAGUGCUUACAUUUAUUAUGUCAUAGCUACCAUUUCAGUUAAUCUUUACAAUAACUUUGAGGGAAUGAGUAUUUUCUCUCCUUGACAAAUGAGGAAACUGAGGCUCAGAAAAGUUCGGUAACUUGCUGAAACCACACAGGUUAAGUGAUGAAGUCGGGAUUCAGACCCACAUCUUUGGACUCAGUAACACUUGCUGUUUAACCAUACUGGUAAUUCUGCCUCCUUAUGAGACUGGUGUAUGUUUUCUGAGGAUGGGAAAUUACCUAACACUUAGCUUACUAUUAUUUGCUUGAUAAUGGCAGAAGAAAAGGUGUGCAAACCUGGAUUCGUAGUGAUUCCUAGCAGGAAUAAUGAAACAGAUUCAAACUGUGCCAAAGUUCACAGGAAAAUAGAAUUUCCCUUAAUCUCGUUGAUUACUGGUGGAAUGACUCAUCUUCCAGUUGUACGUUGCUCUUGAGUUACUCAGAUAUUUGUAUAAGUUAGACAGCGGAGGGAAAACCACUGAUGAGAUGUACAAGACACGUCAUUUGAGCUGAUGAAUGUUCCUGGGAUAUCCCCAAGAUUUCUACCUGAGUAUUCCUGCCUGUCCUAUUUACUGUUGGACUCUUUCACCUUUUGGUUUUCUUUCAGAGUAAAAUCACUUCCCAUUUCCUUUCUGCUUUCCACUUGGAUAACUUUCACAGGCUACUCUGUUACUGCUGCAGUGCACAAAGAUUUACUGUCUACAUAUUUAACAUUAGUCCGAUUUACUGUUGAAUUUAUGCACUAGAAAUUUCAGGAAUUUAAAUUUUUCCUUUUUCAUUCUCUUCUCUGCUUCCGAUUUUUUUCACUAAAAGAGGACAAAAAUCGCCCAAACUAUUUUCUUUUUUUAAAAAAUUAGCAAUAGAAUUGAGUAUAGAUGGUAGUAAAUUCUGCUUCAUUUCUGUGGGAACAUUGAAAACUUGAUGGCUUCUGCAAAUGACUGAUAAAUUGUUUCUGCUUUAUAAAGAAAGGAAACAGCUCAUUCAACUCAAUGAAGUCAUUAGUAAACUGGGAAUUAGAAAUAAAGAUUCUGUAUUUUUUUGUUGUCAUUAAUUUGGUCUUUCUGUCUGCAUCUGUUUUCUCACAAGUUUGUUUUGAGGAUAGAUCAGAAGACAUAUGCACAUUGUAAAGCAUAAAGUAAUCCUUAAGGAUGCACUACAGGCAAUCCUCAGCCAAAAACCAUGAUUUAUGAACCAUGCAUACAUGCAUACUACAAAGGGAUCGAUCUUACCUCAGUCUAGUGCCCUUUGAAGGCGACAAGCUAAAUGGUCUUUUUGGCCCCUGAAUCAGAAUACCUGGGAACAACUGAAAUGUAGACAUAUUUUUCUUAUACAUGUGGAAGCAGUUAGGUUAUGGGUCCUUUCAGGGAUUCAUCUACUCUACUGCCAUGUGAAGACCGGAGCCCAUUUCUCAGUCAGGAACAGGAAGCAGGAAAAGUUACUUUCCUGGUAUCCAGUGUUAAAACCCAAAGAGUUAUAAAUGUUGACAAACUAUUGGUAAAACUUGUGGUAUUAUUAUUUACCUAAAGCACAUACAGGGGCUUUUAUAGUAUAGACUUUUUACAGUCAAAUCAUUUAAUUUUAUUGAGUCCUUACAAUAGCCCUUCGAAGUAUGUGUUAAUAACCCCACUUUAUUCCUGAGGAACGUAAGGCCCAGAAAAGUGAAGCGAUUUGAUCGGUGAAGGGGCUUAAAUUUUCUACACAUUUCCUUCCAAGGACGAAGGGAAGUUAGACACUGUGUUGGCACUUUAGAGCAGAUUCUGGGUUAGGUGUGAAGCAGAGGGGAUUUCCAGGGUGUGUAAGCAUGGACAAACUCCUUGAAUGAAAGCAGAAUUUUUUCUUUCUUUAAAGAAGUUAACAGCAUUUUGGGGUUUGCAGGACUCAGGCUGUGUUACUGCCUUUUUUAUUUUUUGGCCUGAUUUGUUUCUUUCUAAUUUGGGAGCAAGAUUUUAUAAUUAAAAAUAUAAUGCCUUUUGCCCUUUCUUUGAGCUAUUCUCCAUAAAUCUAUAAGAAUAUGAUAUGAAAAGGAAGAAGAGUGGGAUUAAAAAUAAUAUAGCUGAUUCUGUCUAGAAAUUUAAUUUCUAAACUAUCUUUACCUGAGUUAGAUCUAUUUCUCCAAAGAUCAGUCAAGAUUUAAGAAAUAACUUUAAACUUGUAAGUAAAUUCUUUUCUAUCUGGAAUUUACAGGAUAAUGUAUUAAUACUUGGAAAUGAUACCUAACUGCUAGGGAGCAUGCAUCUUUAGCUCAUGAUUCUAGAUGAUUGAGAAUUUUUUAGGGAAACUUUUUCAGUCCUUCAUGUAGUUGAUAGUGGGCUAUCAUUUUAUAUUUCUAGAAUGAAAAAUAGGUUAUCUUCUUUCUCCUUCCUCUCUCUCCUCUUCCCCUUCUCUUUUUUCUUCUUUCUAGCUGUAUGGAAUGACUGUAAUUUAAUUAUUCAUUGAGUCUCCUAUUAAUGAGUAUUUAACUUGUUUCAAAUCUUUCACUAUUACAAAAGUGUCACAGUGAAUCAUCUUACACAUUUGUAAUUUCUCACAUAUUCCAAGAUAGAUGUAAGAUAGAUUCCCACAAAUUGAAUUGCUAGCACAAUGGAGACAUAUUAAUUUUGAUUGGCCUUCAUGGAAAUUUUAACAGUAUAUACUGUGAUCAGCAAAAUAUGAGAAUUCUUUCUCCACACCUUGAAGAUUCAGUGUGUUAUCAAACAUUUUGAUCUUUGCCUAUAUGAAGUAAAAAAAUAAAAUUGCAGUAUAGGAUUAAUUUACAAUUUUCUUGGAGUGUGGUGGAGCAUAUUUUCAUAGGUUUAAGAGGCACUUAUAUUUAUUUUCUGCAAACUGCUCCUGUCUUGUCUGUUUUUUGAGUUAUUGACUGUUUUCAUAUUAAUUUUAGGAGCUCUUUAUUUGAAAAAUCAUCUGUGAUUUAAAUUACAAUUUUGGAGGCUUAUUUUUUUUUCUCUAUGUAUACUUUAAAAUAUUCGAAUUUGUCAGACUUUCCUUUUAUGGCUCCUGGGUUUCAUAUUUAGAAAGAUUUUUUCUGUUGCAAGGUUAUUGAAAAGCCAACAAACACAAAAAACUUCCUUUUGCUCCCUUCACUUUUGUUGUUUUUCUCUAAAUUUUUCAUCCAUUUGGAAUUUUUUUCUGAUGUGAGGUAUAGUUCCAACUUAAUUUCCUCCCCAGCUAAUUAGCCAAUUGUGCCAACAUCAUUUGUUUAACAACCCAUAUUUUACCCCACUAGGGAUAAAGCGGGAUGUUACUUUUAGCAUAUACCAAAUUCUUCAUAUAAAUAUUUAGGUCUCUUUUUGGACUUUCUGUUCUGAUUCACUAAUCUGCAUUCCUAACAGUAUGACACUAUUUUGAUUAUUGUAGUUUUAUGAUAUAUCUAAUAUCUAUUAGAGCUAAUUUUUAUAACUUGGGUUCUGGCACUUUCUUUAAUAAACUUACCAGAGGUAAAUAUUAUAGGCCUCUGAUAAAAUGUAUUAAUAAUGCUCCCUGGGGCAAAAUCAUGUUUUAUAUAUGUGACAGAGUCCUAUUACCCGUGGCUUUUAAGCGUUUUUUAACACAACACAGAUACAAUAUACAUUUUAUGUAAUAACACAUUUAUAAAUGAAAAAAAA